AUGAGCCUCUUUGAAGAUGAAACGCGAGAAAUUUAUAAUGGAAUAGAUAUUUAUGAACUUAAUGAUAUUUUUGAAAAUAAUGAAGAUAUCGCUGAAAAAUUAAGAAAUCUCGUACUUAAAGCUCAUAAAAAGAUUAUUAAUACGAAUAAAAAACAUACUGGAGAUGAAGAAGAAGUGGCGAUUAAUAGUGUUGGAAACGUUAGAUUUAGAUCUGAUAUAGUAGACAUUGAAUCGUUCCAACAACUUACUGAUAUAAUGAAAAAAUCUGUUCAAGAAAGUAAACAUGUUAAAGCUGUUGGAUCUUUUACAGGGUUUAGUGAUCUAUCAGAAACAAACGGAUACCUUCUAAAACCAAAUAAAAAUGCUUCUGUUGCAAAAACAGAUUUGAAAUUAUUAAAUGAAGAAGCUAUAUCUAAAGCUCGAAAAGAUAAUAUCGUCUAUUAUGAUGUGAAUUGGGGAACUACGAUUGCUGAAAUUAUUCCCGUCUUGAAAAAAGAUAAUAGGGCUUUAUAUAAUGUCACUGGAUGGAUGGGACAGGAUAUCAUUGGUGUAAAUGCAACAUCUUCUCACGGCAGUGGCAUCACUCUACCACCCUUGUGCUCACUUAUAGUUUCUUUAUUAAUGGUUGCUCCAG